AAUUCCCUCGUCUCAUUCGUCUCAUCUCUUCUGGUCUAAACUUGAUCGACUUCAAUUUCUCAUCUCAAUCAGUAUAUUAAAAUGGCCUACCACACCAUCACUGAACGCUCAAUAGGAAGAAAUGUCACUUUUGUAUUGCAGAGUCUUAUAAAUGGCAACAUAUCCAUUGAUUCUUCCGAACGUCGGCAGGUCGUGGAUGCCCUCGUGAAUGACCUGAAGGAGGGUAGUAUAUCUAGAAACUGGAACGAGCGAGAACGAACGCUGGCUCUUCAAGCCCUCAAGACUUUGGGCAGGUCAACGGAUGGGUGUGAUAGCAUCUUCACGGAAGAGGGGAUUCGUACUUUAAUGUAUCAUUCUGGACUUCACAAAACAACUGAGGACACAAUUGACAAGCCUAGUUCCAAAGAGGCCCUGAAAUGUCUCGCCAAUGCUUUGUUACUCAAACCUUCAACCAAACCUAUCUUUGAGCGGCUUGAGGGCCACGUCAAAUGCUGUCAAAUUUUGAAGCGGCCCCAUCUCUCUAAUGAGUCUCAGUUCCUCUUCUGUCGUAUCUUAUUCUUGAUGACUGUUGAUGCAACCUCGGUUGUUAAAAGCUUGCUCGAUGAGAACAAUGCUGUGGAUAAUCUGGGCAUAAUUCUUAAGACUCAAUUGGCGAGAUCACCGGAUGGCAGUGUGUUUGUACAAUCUAUGGUACUCAGUGAGGCUUUGAAAUACCUUUUUAAUCUAAUACUUAUGGAUCCCAAAGUUGAACGGAGUACGGAGACCAAAUUAACAGAGCAGGAACAGAUUCAGGCAACAGGAAAACGAUUUCAGAGCUUACUUCCAACAAUUGUCUCUAUAUUGACUGCCAUCCCACCAUCAAGUCCGAACCCUUUAGAACCGCCACACUCUCAUGCCAUCCACGUACUUCUCAAUUUCCCUGUCACAGCUUCAGCGCUUCUUAUAACUCGAUCUCAACAGGCGACGCUUCUUAAUGUCUUAAUCCAGAUUUUAGAUGACACUCUCAAACAUUCUUUGAACACGGACGAAGAAGCUUCUACGGAUGGACUAAGCAAUGGAACUGAACUAGAUGAGACUGUGCCACCGCUGGUUAUUGUAUUGACUAAUAUUGCUGCAGCAGGAGGCGAAGGCAAGGCAACAAUGAAGGCUAGAUUAUUACCAGAUGAUGUUGAUCGGUCAAAACCCUUGGAUAAGGGCGAUUCGUUUUCAGCGAGACUUAUUCGACGCAUGACUUCGGUACGAUUUCCGCGUAUCAAGGAAACUGUCAGCCAAUUAUUAUUUGUUUUAUGUGAUGAAGACCCUGCCAUUCUGACACGGCAUGUGGGAUACGGGAAUGCAGCUGGAUUCCUUAUGAAUAGAAAUCUAGGUGUUCCAUCAUCUGUCAACGGAGCACAAAUUGAAGAGAUCGAGGAUGAAGAUUCGUCAACGCCUUCAGAGUCAUCAUCUACAUUAUCCUCAGCCACUACAGCUGUUCCAACAAUAACGAUUCCGACGACGAUGACGGCAACAGCAACAUCCAAUUUGAAUACGUCCCAUAGUCGUCGUUUCUCUAGUUCCAGCAUUAAUCCGAUCACGGGAGCCUAUUACCCAGACCCGUCAGUCAUUCGGGCUGCGAUGGCAGAUAUGACUGAGGAAGAGAAGGAAGAAGAGGCAGCCAAGCUGAUGGAUAUGUUUGACAAGAUGCGGCGGACAGGAGUGAUGGAUGUACGUAAUCCAGCAUUGGAAGCAGGAUUGAGACAAAGGGAGCGUGAUCGAUAUUACGAUGAACAAGAAAGGCGGGAACGGGAAGAAGAAGAAGAGUUGGAGAGACUCUAUGGAAAAGUAUAAGCUCGAUUAUUAU